AUGACCACCGAGACACAACCCCCCACAGCCACAGUCAUCAUCCGCCUCGCACGCCCAGAAGACGACGCCCUCUAUGGCGACGAUAUCUACCGAAUCGUUAACGCCGCCUACCGCUCCAACGCAGGAUGGACACACGAAUCCCACUUGAUUGCAAAAGACCGUAUCUCCCGUGCAAAUGUAAAAUCAGUCCUCUCCGACACCAUCAACCCCGUCCUCCUCGCCUUUGACUCUGUGUCCAACAGUGUUCUCGGAACCCUCCAACUCGACCCCGCAGAACAUUACCCCGAUUUCGGUCACUACACCGCCAACUCUACCUACUCUUUUGACUACACCACCUCUGAGGCUGUCCCGCGCACAGAACAGAUCAUGCUCGGCUUAAUCUCUGUCGACCCCACCCAACAAUCCCGUGGUACCGGUAGGAAGCUUGUCGAAGCCGGGUUGAAGCACGCAAGGGAAGCCAUGGGCAGGAGACAGGCCGUGGUGUAUGUGUUGUACCAGAGGACGGAAUUGAGGGAGUGGUAUCAGAGGGUUGGGUUUGUCGAUUAUGGAGAGAAGAGACCUUACCCGGAUGUUGGGAAUACUAAGCAGGAGGAUGUUCAUUUCAAUGUUUUGAGAUUGGCCUUGUAA